CGUAAAAAAGAAACAAGGAAAAUGAAAAAUGCAUAACGUACGUGCAUUUGUCUAAGUAUGUGUACACAUCAUACGACAGUUAACGUUUCUCGUUCAUUAUUAUCAGUAAUGUGCUUAAAGCCGAUAUGAAAAGCAGCGACACACUUGCUGAUGGUUCAGUAAAGGAUUGACUGUUGGAAAACGUGUCUCGAGAGACGGCAGGCAAGAGAAGGAGAACAAGCGAAAAGGAGAAACGGAAAGAGAAAAAAAAAGAGAAAAUAAGAAUGUUCAUUUUUGUCUUUUCCUCUUGUUAACUUAAAGUGUCAUUAGGUUUUGUGAAAUAGUGCAACAUGGAUAAGGAUACGAGCGACAUGAAAGAGAACCCCAGGGAGAAGGCCAAUUUUUUUAGUAUUAUGUUCUUCUGGUGGAUGAGAGAAUUAUUCAUAAUAGGCAUUAAGCGUGAUUUGGAAGAAUCUGACAUUUAUCGACCAGUAAAAGCAGACGAAUCCGAAAGACUGACUGAUCAUCUUGAGAAAUACUGGAAUUACGAGUUGGAUAAACUCAAGAAUCUGGAAUACACCGUAGGCAAAGACGGGCAGAAGGUGCCGUUGAAAAAGGACGCUCGCCCAAGAUUAUACAAGGCCAUCUUCAAAGCCUUUUGGUUACCAUAUUUCAUAAUUGGAAUCUACUCAUUUAUCCAAUGCUGCGUAAUACGCGUAGCAGUACCAAUCCUUCAGGGUUGGAUCAUCAAUUACUUCUCCAGAAAUACGACGGGAACGUACAAGAUACAAUUGAACGAUGCGCUGAUCUACGUCGGAGGCUUGGUUAUUUGCUCUAUCAUUUCCGUUAUAAUAAUGCAUCAAACGGUCGUAUUGUCGCUGCAGUUUGGCAUGAAAAUACGUGUCGCCUGCAGCUCUCUCCUCUACCGAAAGCUAUUACGAUUAAACAGUGCAUCCAUGAACCAAACUGGUACUGGACAGAUCAUGAAUCUUCUCAGUAAUGACGUCACUCGUUUUGAUCAGUUAACGAUGUUCCUAAAUUAUGUGUGGAUCAUGCCUCUUCAGAUCGUGAUCGUAGGUUCUAUAAUGUGGCAACAGAUCGGUAUUUCGACACUUGUCGGCAUCGGAUUGCUGUUAAUCAUCACUCUGAUAGUACAAGGGACCUUCAGUUUACUCAGCCGUAAAAUUAGAGCCAUGAUCGCUCCUCUGACCGAUCGAAGAGUGCAGCUGAUGAGUGAACUCGUAGCUGGAAUACAGGUGGUGAAGAUGUACGCCUGGGAAAAACCAUUCAGCACGAUCGUCUCGGUGACCAGACAGCUGGAGAUCAAAACAAUUAAAUUCUCAUCAUACGUGCGCGCCGCGUAUUUGGCCAUAAUGGUCUUCACCGAGCGAAUGAUCCUCUACUUCACCUUAAUAACAUUCGUCCUUCUGGGUCAUGAUCUGACUGCUGACGUGGCUUACGAAAUGGCGACAUACUUUAACAUGCUUCAACUCACCGCUGCAUUGUACUUCCCGCAAGCGCUGAUAUUAGCAGGCGAAUCGAUGGUGUCUAUGAAUCGAUUGGAGGAGCUUCUGUUGAUGGACGAAGUAAACAUGGUACGCUCGGAGAAGAAUUUACUGCGAUCUAAGUCUCAGAAAUCAGAUGAUGCUAUUGAUGCAGAGAAUCAAACGGACAAAUACAUCUCGAAAAAUGGAAAUAUCAGACUUUCCGAGUCUCACGGAUCCAACCUUCCGAUCUGCGUGAAGCUUCAGCGCGUUUCUGCCAACUGGAUCAAUGGCCAAUUACCGCCGACUUUAUGCAAUAUCAACUUAACCAUCAAGCCAGGCCAGCUGUGCGCUGUGGUUGGUGCAGUGGGUUCUGGCAAAUCAUCCAUGUUACAUCUAUUGCUGAGGGAGUUGAAUCCCGGCGCAGGUUCCGUAAUCCUCAUUCAGGACCCUUCGAAGAAUAUCAUUCGGGGUAAUAUAGCCAACGGCUACUAUACGGACAAUCCGAAUCUGUGCAUCUCCUACGCCAGCCAGGAACCCUGGCUCUUUGGCGGUACUGUGAAAGAUAAUAUAUUGUUUGGCCAACCCUAUGACAAGGCUAGAUAUACUCAGGUGGCAAAUGUGUGCGCCUUGACAAAGGAUUUUCGGCAGUUUCCACAAGGGGACAUGACCAUAGUCGGCGACAGAGGGGUAUCUCUGUCCGGAGGCCAAAGGGCGCGUAUCAAUCUCGCAAGGGCAGUUUACAGGCAAGCGGAUCUUUAUCUGCUCGAUGAUCCUUUGAGCGCAGUAGAUACUCGCGUUGCUAGGCAUCUCUACUGGAAAUGCAUUAAUGAAUAUCUCCAGGGCAAGACGAGGAUACUUGUUACACAUCAGCUGCAAUUUCUUAAACGUGCGGAUCACAUUGCGGUAUUGGAUCGAGGUUUCAUAAAGAUGCAAGGAAGUUAUAAUGAAUUAGUACAGUCAAAUAACGAUUUUGUUGGGAUGAUGAACAGUUUGAAUUACGAAGCUCAGAAAAAAGAUGAGGAGUCUAGAAAAGUUUCGGAAAUGGCUACAAGAAAAAUUUCGCUAAUGCGACGUGCCUCGGAAAUAUCUGCAAGGCGAAUUUCUCUAAUGAGACGUGCAUCGGGAUUAUCAAUCGCAAGUUCCACUAUUCAUUCGGAUAUCGAUGAGGAUUGCAUAGAGAAUAUUCCGGAAGGCGAAAUGAUGGCACACGGCCAAAUGUCUAGCAAGGUGUACAAGAAAUAUUUCCAUCACGGCGCGAACUACUUCGUCCUGUUCAUAUUGCUCCUAUUCUUCGUUAUCAGCCAGGUUGCCACCACCGGGAAUGAUUACUGGCUCUCAUAUUGGACCAACUUGGAGGACGUCAGACGUAUGAAUGAGACUAAUAAAGACAUUCGUGAAGACAAAAAGUUCGCGUAUAUGUAUAACGAUAGCUUCCUGGGAUCAAUCUUCACGCUGAAUUCAAACGGUCUGCUCGGUACCAUAGAUGCUAUAUACGUAUAUACAUUUUGCAUCAUCGCUUGCACAAUUACUACGCUUUUCCGCAGCUUCCUCUACAUGAAAAUCUGUAUGAACUCAAGCAUUAAUCUCCAUAACAUCAUGUUCUCCAAUCUACUAGAAGCGCGUAUGACCUUCUUCAACACCAAUCCUUGUGGGAGAAUUUUAAACAGAUUUUCGAAGGACAUGGGCACCAUGGACGAAAUACUGCCCAAAGCAAUGUUAGAGGCACUCCAAGUGGGUUGUGUAGUAUGUGGUAUAUUUACCAUGGAGGCCAUAAUUAAUCCAUGGAUGCUGAUACCGAUAGUGUUAUUAGUUGUUUUAUUUUUCUUCAUGACGAAGUUUUAUCUGAGGACCGCUCAGAACGUCAAACGUCUCGAAGGCAUAAUGAAAAGCCCGAUGUUCUCGCACGUGAAUGCUACGUUAAACGGAUUACCAACGAUCAGAAGCAGCGGCGCCAUAAUUGAAAAGAUGAUGCGAAAAAAAUUUGAUGUGUUGCAAGAUCGUCAUAGCGGCACGUGGUAUCUCAUCUUAACAUGUUCUGAGAGCUUUGGUAUCUUUACGGAUUUAAUCAUGUGCCUGUUCCUCGCCUGUCUUUGUUUCUCCUUAAUAUUACUGAAUGAAACUGGCAACGUAGAAGAUAGUAAAGCAGGACUGGCGAUAUCGCAAUCAUUGAUCCUAAUAGGCUGUCUACAAUAUGGCAUAAGACAGACCACUGAGACGAUGUCGUUGAUGACCUCUGUGGAAAGGAUUCUUCAGUACACAAAUCUUCCCAAGGAGAAAUCCAUUACAUCUGACAAUCCGCCGCCGGCCACUUGGCCGUCCCAAGGACAAUUAAUCUUGAAGAAUGUUACUAUGAAAUAUCACGACGAUGAUCCACCAGUUUUGAAAAAUCUGAACGUGACCAUCGAGCCUGGCUGGAAAAUUGGGGUAGUGGGAAGAACUGGCGCAGGCAAGUCCUCCUUGAUUUCGGCGCUUUUCCGAUUGUUCAACGAAGGUCUGGAGGGCGAGAUCAAGAUCGACGGUAGAGACACGAGUACGGUAGACUUGAACACUCUACGUUGUAAAAUCUCCAUCAUACCGCAGGAACCAGUGCUCUUCUCAGAGAGCUUGCGUUACAAUCUGGAUCCUUUCAAUCAAUAUGAUGACUUGAAGCUGUGGGAGGUGCUGCGACAGGUCGAGUUGAACGACGUCGCGCUGGACAAAGAUAUCUUCUACGGCGGUCAUAAUUUCAGUGUUGGCCAGAGGCAGCUCAUAUGUCUGGCCAGAGCCAUUCUGAGGAACAAUCACUUGCUUGUUCUCGAUGAGGCCACGGCCAAUAUUGAUUCACACACUGAUGCCUUAAUUCAGGAAACAAUAAGGAGCACUUUUAAAGAAUGUACCGUUAUCACCAUAGCACAUCGAUUAAAUACCAUUAUAGACAGUAAUCGGAUUAUUGUGAUGGAAAACGGAUCUAUUGUCGAAUAUGGCUGUCCAUACGAACUAUUGCGUGACAAACCAAAAGGUUACUUUUCACAAAUGGUGGAGAAGACAGGCAAUCAGAUGGCGCUAAAUCUUUUGGAGCAGGCAAAGAAGACUUGUCAAAAGAAUAAUCAUCAACGUGAAUUACACUCGACACAAAAUACCGAGAGCGAGAGUGACGUUACAAUCACGGAAGAGUCCGCUUUAUAGGUUCUUCCUUGCACAAAAAGAUGUAUAUGUGUUUAUAAGAUAGCAUAUGUAUACAUAUUUAUUUUCUUAUGUCAGUUUUGUACACGAUCAAAUUUGUGAAGAAAAAGAAGAAUGAAGACCAAAAAGAAACAAUAUUGUAGGAAAAUGACAUAAAUCAAGAAUAAAAUUUUCCUGAGGGAAAAGAUUGUUAACUUGAUUAAAUUUUCAAAUUUGAUUAAAUUUCUUCAGUUCAGAAAAUUAUGUAUUUAAAAGUUAAAUACAGUAGAGUCUCCUUAACUUUGGCCCUAUGGGCGAUAAGGGCGGAAUGCUAAAGUUAUAGAAUACCCUCACCACAGCACGAGUCUACCAAUCACCGUGACUUGCGCGAGCACACGGUGAGUGGUAGAUUCGUGCUGUGUUGAGAGUAUUCUAUAAAAGGAAGGGGUUUGAUAUUAGUGUUUGUGAAAGUACGUGAAGGCAUGCAAAGAUUAUAGAGAGCCAAAGUUAAAAGGUUUUAUUGUAUAUAUACUUAUAAACUGCUUAUAAACUAAAGUUAAAAAGUAUAUAUAUAUAUAUAUUUUUUUUUUUAUGCAUUUAAGUUAAAUAUAUAAAUAUUUAAAUUUAAAAAGUUUAAUCAAAUUGAAAAAUUUAGUUAAAUUACCCACUUUUUUCUUAUUGUAUAUUCAGUAUAUAAUUAGAGAAGGGAGUAAGAUAACAAGUUAAUAAUUUUUCCAUGUUAAUAACAAAUAACAAACCAAUGCUUAAUUUAUUAAAAACUUUAGAUGGUAAUAAAUAAUCUGUGGUAGUUUGAUUUCAAUCUGUCGAUAAGAAUAUAUAUUAUAAUAAGAAAUGUGUUUUGGAAGCACCUAUCCGUAACUUUUUAGUGUUCGUAUAGUGUUUAUAAGAAAUAAUAUAAUUAUAAUAAAUAUUUUUAUUUUCUUUAUAAAAUCACAAUAUUGUAUAGCUAUACAAUAAUGUAUUUAUAUUUUAUAAUUUUCGUAUUGUAAUAUUUUAUAUUUCAUAAACGAAUAAAUACGGCGAUUGGGGGUAAGAUGACGAAAGUUGUACAUAGGCAAAGUAAUACAUUUGUGCAUUAGUUUUCUCAGUUUUAACAGUAUUCUAACUAUAUAUAACACAAUUUUAAUCGCAAUAUGUAUUGUAAUGUAUAUCACAAUUUUAAUUUUAUUUUUGUUGAUUACAUAAAUACGUUUUGUUUUAUUUACGUUUUUCUUUAACUACGCUGUAAUAUUAAAAUAGUAUAAGAUUAUUAUAUUACAAUAAAUCUUUAUUAUUCAUAAUAGUACAUUUUUAAUUUUAUAUAACUGUUUUUCACCUUAUUCAGUAUUAAAAGUCAUCUUAUCUGUAUAUGGAAGCAAGAUGACCAAAUUGACAUGUCCUAAAAUGAUUUAAAUUUAAAAAAAUUCUAGUUUAUUUAACAACUUCUAAUUUUUUACUGAUGAUAAGCAACGUUUUAGUGAAUUUAAAAAAAUAUAUUAUCUUUUAACAUUACCACAGAAAUUAACAAAAAUCGUCAAAUCUUAAGGUCGUCAUCUUAUCCCCUUUACCCUAUAUGCUUCGAUUUUUAUUCGUUUAGCUCUUAUUUAUCGCCUAAUUAUAACAAGUAUAUCACAUUUAUUGUUAAAAAUAGAAUUAAAUAUUAUUUUUUCAAAAGGUUGGGCAGUCCAAAUAAUGAAGUGAAAAAAAUCUAGACGACCAUUUAACGGGGAGGAGAUAAAGAAUAAAUGCAAAGUCGUGUCUAAGAAGGACCCUGCAAGUGGCAGAGUCUCGUUCAGCACGCACUUCAACUCUUUAAAAUGAACAUACCUUCACUACAAAAAAAAAGAAAAUUAAAUAAUAAAAAAAAGAAGAAAUGGAAAAACUUACAACAAAAGAAUAAAAAAAGUCAGUUUAAAAAUU